AUGUCGCCUUACAGCAGUGGUGGGCGUGCCCCCAACGUCUCGCAUUUCUUGCGAGAUCUCAACACCGUAAAGGAGUCCAGCCACGAGGAUAACUUCACUUUCGAAGAGGACCUGGCCGUCUUCACCAACUCCUCUUUUUUCGACUUUGAGACCGGCCAGCAAACCGAUUAUCAGGCACAGCCCGCGAAGCCAGAGACGGAGACACAGGCCCCGUCCAGCGCCGCCGCCGAGGAUUUGACUUCUCCUCUCGGCGAGUUUGGCAAUGUCGAUUUUUCUUUGCCAGGCGACUUCAGCUUCACCGAUUUUACCAACCACUACCCUGCUUCGGGUGUCCCUCCCUUUGCCGAAGGUCUGGGUAAUCUUCAACCUCUUCAGCCCAAUCCGCAAACCACCUAUGCUCCGCCUCCGGUUUCUCAGCAGCCGCAAAACCAUCACUAUGGCGCGCCCGCUCCGCGUCCAGCCGAGAACAGUACCCCUGAGUCUUUGACCAGUGGCAGACCUGGCCAAAGCUUUGAAGAGCAGUCCCGUCUCGCCGCCGAGGAGGACAAGCGCAGGAGAAACACAGCCGCUAGCGCCCGUUUCCGUAUCAAGAAGAAGCAGCGCGAGCAGGCUCUCGAAAAGAGCGCGAAGGAAAUGUCUGACAAGGUUUCUCAGCUAGAGGCACGCAUCAAUUUGCUCGAAACCGAAAACCGCUGGCUCAAGAACCUUGUCAUGGAGAAGAACGAGGGCAAUGAGGAUGUUGCAUCCAUGUUGAAGGACUUCCAGAAUAAAUCCAAGACGGCCACAAAGUCCACGACAACCUUGGACGCGCCGAAGGAGGAAAAAUAG